AUGGGUGCAGACAAAGAUACGGAAGUCGCCUUGAAGGAUGAGGUCACAGAGAAACUCAAAGAGGCUGUUAAGGAGGACGUCAAAGAUGAGGUGAAAGAGGACAAAGAGGAUGAUAUCAAGGAUACCACAGACCUCAAGGCCGAGGCCGAGGCCGAGGCUGAUGCUCCGGCUUCAUCUCACACUCUCAUGCCUGAUGCUCCAACCGCUCAUGCCCCGGCCUCAAGUCUCUCACCGGCGACUCCUUUAGAAUCAGAGCCUCUAAGUGCUGCCUCACAUGGGACUUCUGCUGGAGAUGCUGUUCCUGAGGAUGCUGUUCCUGAGGAUGCUGUUCCUGAGGAUGCUGUUCCUCAAGGCUCAUCCAAAGCUGCCCCUCAACAGCCCGUUCCUCAAGGAGCGGUCCCCAGAGACGAUGCGGCUGCAGUCGCCACGACAGCGGCUGUAGCAGAGGAGACUACCGUUUUACCAACCCCAGCACCGGACGCCGCGAUACCUGUCGAUGAAACGGAAGAGGUUCCAGACCCGGAUGAAGACGACUUGGACGAUUUAGAUGAUAUGCUGGAUGAGUUCUCUACCGUCAAGCUGGAUCAACCUAAGCCUUCUGGAGCUGCUGCUGGCUCCAGUAAAUCAGAGGCUCCCAAAGGUUCUGCUUCUGGCAAGCAGCCUGAAGUCGAGGAUGCGUUCUCAGAAGAAGAAUUUGCUAAGCAACUGCAGGCUGGUAUGGCCGAUCUACUAGGAGAACUUGAGCAGUCCCCUGAUAUGCAAGCACAGUUUGAAGAUAUCUUCAAGCACAUCGCCGCGGCAGAAGGCGCUGGUGAUGCGCCACCUCCAAGCACUUCCAAAGGACCAUCCUCUCAAACACCACCUGAGGAUGCAUCGUUCCAAGAUACUAUCAAGCGAACUAUGGAGCGCAUGCAAGCUUCGGGAGACCAAGCUACCGCUGCUGCUGCCUCGGGGUCCGCUGAUGAUUUCAUGUCUGAGAUGCUCAAGCAUUUGUCUUCAGGCGACCUUGGUGAUCUGGGAGGCGACGGCAGUGAGGAGGAAUUCUCCAAGAUGCUUAUGGGCAUGAUGGAACAGCUUACUAACAAGGAAAUUCUCUAUGAGCCCAUGAAGGAACUUGAUGAGAAAUUCCCUGGAUGGCUUAUUAAGAAUCGUGACUCGACACCGAAGGAGGACUUGAAGCGCUACGAGGAGCAACAGUCCAUUGUACGCGAGAUAGUGGCUAAGUUCGAAGAGAAGACGUACUCGGAUUCCAAUGCGACGGACCGUGAGUUCAUUGUGGAUAAGAUGCAAAAGAUGCAAGCAGCAGGGUCACCCCCAUCUGAUCUAGUUGGAGACAUGCAGUCGGCACAAGAUGCCCUCAACCCAGGAGAUGAGGCCUGCAACCCUCAGUAG